CCUGUCUCUGCCUUCCAGGGCUCUGCAUCGCCCUGUGCCUGUGGGGCACCAUGGCCCAGAAUCAUGGUGUACAAGGUACCACUGAGGACUGCAACAGCCAUGUGCUAUGCCCAGCAAAUGCCAAGUGUGUGAACAACACCCACUGCACCUGCCUGGAUGGAUACCAGUCACAUGGGAAUCGCUCCUUCUUCACCGACACAACGGAGAUCUGUGACGAUAUUGACGAGUGUCUGGGGCCGAGCCCGACAGACUGCGGAUGCAACGCAAUCUGCAUCAAUGUGGCUGGGAGUUACUACUGCACCUGCAUCGAUGGCUACGAGCCCAGUUCUGGGAAAGCCAGCUUCACGCACGCGAGUGAAAAAACCUGCCAGGAUAUUGACGAGUGCCAGGGACACGCAAAGUGCACCAAUGUGCCUGGGAAUUACUUCUGCAACUGCAUCAAUGGCUCAAAGUCCAGCUAUGGGAAAGAAAAGUUCACCCACGCGAGAGAGAACACCUGCCAGGGUGAGCUCUCCCCUGUCCGCCUUCUGCUGAGACCCCCCCACUCGCACACACAAAUGCUCCUUCCAGGCCUGGUGCUGCACCGGGGCCGCUGCCGGCUUUGA